AUGGAUUUAUCUGAUUCGUUGUCGAACCCUAAGGACGACAAGGAAAAGGCAGAAGCCUUCAUAGCCUUGCAGAAGGCAGUACAAUCGCAAAAAAUGACACUUAAAAUGUUAGGACUGUGCUUUAACAAGUGCGUACAAACGCCAGGAGAAUCGCUGUCGUCAUCUCAACAAUCGUGUAUUUGGAACUGCGCACAGAGGAACAUAGAAACGCAGUAUUUUAUCCUGAAGAGACUGGAAGGAAUGGUUAAAAACUUUGAACAGAAAUGA